AACCAUCUUUCUAUCAGAUUGUUUCUUGACUAACCUCUCAGAAAUGGCAGAUGCACUAAUAAUUUCAAGCGAGAUUGGGAUAAACUACGGCAGGCUAGGGAGCAACUUGCCAUCUGCAUUUCAAUCCAUCCAGAUUAUCCAAUCCAUGAACGUAAGUCGUGUAAAGCUCUAUGAUGCUAAUCCAGAAAUCUUGAAACUCUUAUCAGGAACCAAAAUCCAUGUAGCUAUCAUGGUCCCAAAUCAUGCAAUCAUCAGCAUUGCUUCUAACCAAUCCAUAGCCAACAAAUGGGUACAAGACAAUGUCCUACAAUACCUCCCUGAUACUAAGAUUCGAUUCAUUCUGGUCGGCAAUGAAGUUCUGAGUUAUGUUUCAGAGCAGGAAAAGAUUAUUUGGCAUAAUCUUGUCCCUGCAAUGCGUAGAAUUAAGAAUUCUCUUAAAGCCAAGAAGAUUCAGAACAUUAAAAUUGGUGCCCCACUAGCCAUGGACAUACUUGAAAUAACCUUGCCGCCAUCGAAAGGGAGUUUCAGGUGUGAUAUUUCAAGUACCGUGAUUGUACCGUUGCUCAAGUUCUUGAAUGGAACAAAAUCUUUCUUUUUUAUUGAUGUUUACCCUUACUUCCCAUGGUCUGCUAACCCUAGCAUUACAAGCCUUGACAUGGCUUUGUUCAAACCAAACCAGAACUACACUGACCCUUAUACUGGAUUUGUCUACACCAACCUACUGGACCAAAUGCUUGACUCUGUCAUAUUUGCCAUGACCAAACUGGGUUUCCCUGACGUCAGGUUGUCGAUAUCAGAAACUGGUUGGCCUAAUGCAGGGGACAUAGAUCAACCUGGAGCUAACAUUUACAAUGCAGCAACUUACAAUAGAAAUGUCGUAAAAAGGAUGACUGCUAAGCCAGCAAUAGGGACACCAGCAAGACCAGGUGAGGUAAUACCAACAUUUAUCUUCUCAUUAUAUGAUGAGAACCAGAAGGGUGGUCCUGGAACAGAGAGGCAUUGGGGGUUACUGAAUGGAAAUGGAGCACCUAUAUAUGAUAUUGACUUGACUGGUAAUCGCCUAGAAACUGAGUAUGGGCCAUUGCCAAAUCCAAAUAAUAACAAGCCUUACAAGGGGAAGCUGUGGUGCGUAGCAGCAAGAGGGGCUGAUUUGAUGGAUUUGGCAAGGGCAUUAAGGUAUGCUUGCAGUCAAGGAAAUGGGACAUGUGACGCUUUGGGUAUUGGGAAGGAAUGUUAUGAGCCAGUAUCAGUUCUUUGGCACGCCAGUUAUGCCUUUAGCUCGUAUUGGGCACAGUUUAGGAGCCAAGGUGCUGAUUGCUACUUCAAUGGACUUGCAGAGCAGACCACCACCAAUCCUAGUCAUGGAUCAUGCACGUUCCCUAGUGUGACUAUCUGAAGAUGAUUUAAGCUCCCGGAAACGAUAUAAACGACAGGAGACGGUCCAUCUAAAUCAUACUUUUUUAUUGUUUUUUGCGCUUUUAUUUUUUUUUUCAGCUAUAAUUAUUGUUUUUAUUGCUCAAAUUAAUUACAAAUAAUGGUUCAUAAUAACAAUUAUAACAAAUAAUGAUUACUACUUAAUUUUCC